GGGGUGUGACGUGGAGAGCAGUCAGGUCUGCAGGAACAGAGUCGGAGUUAAACUCACUCCACAGUUUUUACGGAGGGCUGUCCGGGACUGGGCUUUACGGACCGAAUUUGAAUACGCGCCGUUACUCACCUGAAACUUCCUGAGAAUCACAGGAAAUAACCGGGGAGCAGCACCGAGCGGACCGGGGCACAUGGAAACGCUAUGUAGCUGGAAAUACGGCGGUGGACUUCAUCACAGUUUCGCUCGAGAAGAGGCGAAGUUAGCUGCGAGAUAAACAUGCUCACCCCGAUACUGGCCUCCCUGCUGCUGCCUCUUCUCCUUCUCUGUCGGAUUUCUUUCUGCCAGUAUUCAAGCGACCAGUGCAGCUGGAAGGGCAGUGGUCUGACCCAUGAAAGCCACGCCAGGGAUGUGGAGCAGGUGUACCUCCGUUGCUCCCAAGGCUCUCUGGAGUGGCUCUAUCCCACAGGGGCCAUCAUCGUCAACCUGCGGCCCAACACAGUCUCCCCCGCCGCAGCCCGCCUCUCCGUCUGCAUCAAACCCUCUGCAGACUCCGGCGGCACCAACAUCUACCUGGACCGCAACGGCAAGCUGCGGUUACUGCUGCGUGAACAGGACCAUGCUCAGGGCAAGGUGCAGUGCUUCAGUAUCCAGGAGGGGGCGCUCUUUAUCGAGGCCGUCCCGCACUUGGACAUCAGCCGUCGCAUCACAGAGUUCCAGUACGAGCUGGUCAGCGACAGGCUGGGACCAGAUGCACAGUCACUGGAAGAACCCUGUCAUCCCUGCAGCGACACUGAGGUGCUCCUCGCAGUCUGCACCAAUGACUUUGUGGGCCGGGGCAGCAUCAGGAGGGUGGAGCAGGAAGAGGAGCACUCGACAGUCGCUGUGGAGAUCAGCCGCCUCUACAGACAGAAGAUCCACGUCUUUGCAUCUGGGGGUGUGAGGGUGAGGAGGUGGACUGGCAGCAUCAAGAUGCCCCCGCAGUGUGGGGUGAGGGCUGGGGAGGGGGAGUUCCUCUUCACCGGGACUGUGAGGUUUGGGGAAGCCUGGAUGGGUUGCGCCCCACGCUACAAAGACUUCUUGCGGUUGUAUAACGAGGCAGAGCAGCAGGGGACCAACCCCUGUCAUGUGGAGACGGACUGAGGGGUUUACCUGCCCACUCUUGGAAAAAUGACAUGUCCUCAACUGUGUGGUGGGGGGGGGGGAGAAAGAGCAGAACCAAGCGUUCAUGCUAAGGAGAGAGAGAGGCCGACAGACUGGCCCGGAGCCUCUCUCUUCUCCUGCUGUCAUGUGACUCUUCGGAGACAAAGACUGGAGCUUCUGAAUGUUGCCAAGCAGCAUGCUGGAUGAACUCCCUCUGAAAAGUCAAACGUGAUGCAACAAGGAAUGUGUCCGGACUGCCUUUCUCGCAGACAAAGGAACUCCCAGGAUUUAAAUGUAGCAAACCCUCAUUUGGUUUUUAUUUGUAUAAAAUGUGAAUGAACAUUGUAUAUUUUGGAGCUCUGUGUGCUUUGUAAAAUAGCUUGAUGUACAGUUUUGAAGUUAUUUCUUAUGACAGAAAUGUAUAAAGUAAAAGCCUUUUUAUUUUGUUUAAAAUAUGAUCCCCAAUUUUAAUGCCUGAACUCGUGGUGUUUUUUUUUUCAGGCCGUACAAUUAAAGAAAAAAACCCUAAAAAAGCAAAAACGUUUUUUUGCCUUUUGAGAAUAAACGUUUUUAUUCCCUG